AUGGAUCCUCUGCGCUCUUCCCUGGCUGUUAUAUGUGUAUUAAGUAUUUGGACUACAGGAUAUGCUGCAGACUGUGGGGUUCGACAGACUAAGACAAACGGACGAUGCUGUGACCUGUGUCCCCCAGGUGAAUAUGUUAAGGCAUUCUGCACAGAGCAACGAAAAACCGUCUGUAGCCCCUGUGGGGAGGGCUAUUACUCGAGCCAAUAUAACCUCUUUGACAGAUGUGAGAAAUGCAGGUCGUGCCAACAAGAAUAUGCUGAGAAAUGUACACGGACCACAGAUACAACAUGUUUGUGCCGUUCUGGUUUCCUGUGCUCCAACGAUGUCUGUUCAAAGUGUGAGGAAAACAAGUGUGUUACAGGGGAGAAGUUGAAGAGGACAGGGUCGAUAGUGUAUUCAUAUCAUUGUGAGCCUGCAUGCUCUAAUGAUGCAUAUUUUGAUGUGAAAGAAAAUGUCUGCAAGCCACGAACACAGUGCAGUUUAUUUGGACUUGCUGAGCAGUUUCCAGGCAACAAAACCCACAACUCUGUUUGUGAUGGAGGUGAUAUGCACAGAAAUGGCACAUACUUCAUUCAUGUGAUCCUUGGCAUCGGCUUUGUUUUACUUUCUCUCACCAUCCUUGUGCUUAUAUCGUAUGCCUGUAUAAAGAACCUAAGGAAGCACAAACCAUACGCUCAUCACAUCGGCAUCGCAGCAGUCUCCACCAACACAGGCGACUUUCACCUGUCAAAGGAGGAGAGUGGGUUCCAGCUCAUCAUCCAGGAUGAAUCCAGGAAGAGUGAAAGUUUGGACCAACUGCAGCUGGAAAAAAUCAGCGCUUUGUGA